AUGCUACCACUCAAGAGGGUGGCAGAAAAGGCUCACAACCGUACCUCCGUGUCGAGGACCAUUUCCAUCCUUCUCCAAGCCGUAAUCAAGAAAUCGGACCAGGAGCAACUGAGAUUCCGUGAAUAUGUCCGGGGACGUCGAGAUUUUACUGCCGAUGAACAGGCAACUCUUGACAUCGACAGUGUCGAAGCUUUCCAAGACAUCUGGGGCGUCAUCGUCAAGUCAAAAACCGCAAUGGAAGAACGCCGAAAACGAGGCAGUAAACGUGUAGGGCAAUGCACCCUGGAUUUUUUCGCCGCUGCUUCAGAUAUCCUAAACUACAUCGGGCCUUUGCUCAACCUUAUCAAGGAUAUCGGAGCCCCUUACGGCGGUAUGGCCAUUGGUACCAUGUCAUUCCUCUUCGCGGUUCAAAAGGCUAUUGUGAAGGUUAGAGAGACUGGUGAAGAGACCCUCAACAAGAACGUUGGAUUUAUGAAGGACAUACAGGAAGCGCUAGCAAGAGACCGUCUCUCAGUUCUCCGUGGACUCCUCGGCCUGCCAGUGUACGAAGCAAAAAAGAACUACGAGCUCCUACUUCAGUACGAAGAAGAUCACAAGUAUCUUACCAGUAACGGAAACAAGAAGCUCGAGACGAUGGGAAUGGCACGCAUAGAAGAGCUCCAGAAGGACCAGCGCUGGAUGGAUUGGCGCACAUCUCCAGAGUCAAGCUUAUUGUUCUUGGCCGGGUACAACCACGAUGUCGGCUUUGGCCAGUGUUGGCUCUCUCCAGCUGCCAUACACCUCGUUAAGACGAUGUACAACAAGCCACCAAGCGAUGCCGGCGUAUUUGCGUUUUAUAUUCUUGGACUUCGGUCUAAGCAACAAAAGGACGAACACCUCACGGAGGUUCUUGCGCACGUCUUGAUCCAGCUGCUGUCACAACAGCUUUGGGCAUUGCAAGAUGGCGAUAUAUCGGACGAUCUACAAGCUGCUUUUGAACGAUAUGCCACUGUAGUAGCUACCGCCACGGAAGAUCCGAAAAACACGUUCAGAAAACCGCAGAACAUGGAGAUUGUGCAGACUGCAGCCUUGAAGGUGUUCAAUCUGUUCUAUCAUGAAAACCCGGAAAAGCAGAAGACGGUCUGGAUUAUCAUUGACCGACUUGAUCGGGUCAAAGAGCCACCAGGAAGACUGCUAGAGGUCUUGGAGUACUUGGUUGCGAAUGCCAAGGUCAAGGUCAAGAUCCUUGCGGUGGUCAAUGGUUGGGACUGGCCUGACUUGCGAGAUGUGGUUAGAUCUCUCGCUGAGAAGAGGGACGAGGGAGUCAUUGUGUAUGAAGUUGAGCAAACCCGGAGGUAA